GAGCCGUAUUUCUCACUGAGCAGGCUUAUUGCUCAGCUGCCAGAUUCGCUGUUGAAUGUCCAUGUUAGCGCGAUGAGAUGAGACAGAAUGCAGCGACGGUGGCGGCGGAGGGGCUGCAGGAGCGCAUCUGGGACCUCCACGACAAGCUCAGCCACGCCAUCCUCCCCCUCUCCUCCGCCUCCGCGCGCCGGGGCGCCCUGGAGGGCGGCGGGUGCGUCGUCCCGAAGCGGCAGCGCGGAGGAGACCGCUGCUCGGCGGCGGUGGCGGACGCUCGGAGCCUGCGCGCCAUCAGAGCCGCGCUCGAGGACCUCGAGGGCCACCUCCACUUCCUCCGCGAUGUUAUAGUGCAACAGCAGGCAGAGCGAGGUGCUGCAAUUGCUAGGCUGCAACAAAGUCGUAUUCUCCUUGCUACAAGGUUGGCUGAACACAGAUGGAGGAGGCACCAAGUCAUUGAGGAAACCUUGGCUUUUUUUGGUGAGGUGCUUGACAAGACCCGGUUUGCCUCCCCUGGAGAUGAUUGUGGGGCACGUAACCAAUCUAGGGAGAAUGAGGUGGUGGAUCCCAAUGGACACAGUUCAAACAUUGUAGUUUCUGUGUUAUCCUGUAGUUUAGCUUUAGUCAAGAAUUCCGUAAGAUUGGAGAGGAUUGGUGGUGUGCUGGGUAAUGCCGCGGUGUUUGCCCUAGGCAUGCUUGCUUUCGUGCAGCUGCAGGAAGUGACCUUUCAUAAACAAUCUCCAGCAGUCGAGUAUAGGAGAAUUGCUAAUCAUUUUCAUUCUGGGUCGUCAACAAGGAACAGUACAGGGAAGCAUCUGGAAGUGUCACUUGCUAGAGGUUGACGGAUCAUUAGAGAGUUGCUUGUACAGGAAUUAUUGUUCUGCUUACACCUGGUCAAUUCGUUGAUCUUUCGUCUGUUUUUAUUUGGCACUACAUUAUAUUCUUUUUGAUGGGUUGGUCUUCUUCUCUUCUGUAUUAGAAGCGGUACCAGUACCACACAAAUCGAAAAUGGCUUGGGUUUUGCAAUAGGAUUGCCAGAAUUUUGUAAAUCAGUUCCGUUUUGUUCAAUUAGCUUGUGAGCCAA